UUAACAAGACUAGGAGAAAUUAUAGCAAGAGGUUAUAUUGAGUAAGAGGGAAAUCAACAGUUUAGUUAUAAUUAUACUAGCUAGGUACGUGUAAUCUAUACUAUUAUUUGCGAAGUAAAUUUUUAGAAUCGAGCUCUCACGUUGAAAGUUAGAGCGGUUAAUAUCUAUAUUACCCUUAAUGAAUUUUAUAUAUAAUUAAUUAUAUAAUUAAAAAUAAAUUUUAUUAAUAAUAUUAACUUUUAUUAAAAAAAAAAGAUAAUUCUUAUAUAUUGGGUUGUUAUCUGAAAACAUAUUUUUUAAUUAUAAGAUUUAAAAAUAAAAUAUAAAACAAUUAUAAUAAAUUAAGUAGUUAAAGUCAGUGUUAUCCUUAAUAAAUUUUAAUUAAACAUAUGUAUUUAGUUAGAUUUUUGUCAUAUAUAUAUAUAUAUAAAUAUGUUUGAUUUAAUUUUUUGAAAACAUAAUGAUAAAUUAUUAUGCUGGUUUUUGAAUUAAUAAAAAAAAACUAAUAAAUAUUUGUAAAUCGAUUAAGUCCGCAUAUUCGGGCAAAACACCUAGUAAAUUGAUAUAAACCAUCCGCAAUGAAAGCAGUUUACAAAAAAAAUAAACCAUCCAGAGUCUUUUUUUUUUCUUUUUGUCAAACAACUACUUGCAUUACUUAGACCCGAAAGAGUUCAGUCUACAAAUUCAAAACGAGCAAGGCCUGAUCUUGCCAAACAACCAUCCAAAGUCUAUAACCAUAUUCUUGGUCAAAAAAGAAAAAAAAGUCUUAACCAUAUUUUAGUGCUAAAUUAUAACAGUGAGAUAAAAUUCGAGGAGAUGCUAGCUAGGACCGAGUGGUCCUUUGAUCAAAUGGAGAUAUUGAAAAAUUGUGGUCCUUUAAAGGAACACGAUUUAUCAGAACAUUCAAAACAAAUGAAAUUUACGUCCAAUAUUGUUUAUACAUACAAACACAUAUGUUUCACGUAGUCAACGCAUGGACGAAGAGAGAUAUUGGUAAUCUGACAUCAAGAGGGUUAGCUAGAAAUCUAGCAUGUUAUAUUUGAUGAUAAAAUUUUAUGAAGGCCAUCUUGUUUUAUCUAUAAUGCAUGUAAUAUACAUCAGUUUUACAGGAUUUGAAAUUCAUAGACAAUACAAGGCAUAAAUACUAGUUUAGCCAGAUCAUGAAUGGGAUUCUCGUUGAUAACGUGAGAUUUACCUGAUUCUAUCAUUUCGUUAAAAUUAAAAUAAAUUGGACCACAUUAGGGAUGUGGAUUGGAGUGUGGGGGUCGGGGACAUGUUAGAUAGAGUGUAUAAAUAUAGCAAAAAGGACGUAAAGUUUGUAGAGUCAUGUGUUUGAGGUGUUUCCCAGUAAACCAUUCAUUAUUACAAUUUAUUUUCUUCAACUACAAAAGCUAAAAUUUCCGACAAGAGUUGGCCUACUUUCAUUUUCCAUUUAUUUUCAAACAUAUCAUUCUAUUUUUUCUAAAAAAAUUAUUGACAUAUAAUUCCACGUGAAUGAAUAUGAUACAUCGUUUUUUUCUAAAGUUAGUUGAAGAAAAAUUGACAAUUCUAGUAUAAUAAUAGUAUAGUGAUCCGAUUUGAUCAAUGCAAUAUAUGGACUUAAAAAGUUUGAACUUUAUUUGAUAUUAUGACUCGUUUUGAGUUCUAUCCCAUGAAAUAAAUGGAUAAAUGACCUGAUAUUAUUAUUUGUGGACCUAAUUUUAAGAAAUUCUCUGUGACAUUAUUUCCAAGACUUUAUAAUUUUUAUUAUUGCCAGUUUCAUAUGAUUAGGUAGAUUAGACUUUUACGUUUGAAAAGAUCGGGAACUUUUUUUUUCUUUUAUUGAAAAGUCCAGAAACUAGCCACAAUGUCAUGUACCAAGAACCAGUGACAAUCUCUAGACAACACCUACUGAUGAAUGUUUUGUUAGUACAGAGAAGAAAGUCAUGACCAAAGAAAGAAGUGUGUGUUUCUCUAAUUUUUGGUUUUAGCUAUCUCCGAAGAUUUUCAAACACUUAUCGGUUUUACAUAGAAACACGUAGUUUCACGGAGAUCGACAUCAAAGCAAUGUGUUAUACAGACAUGUUGAACUGAGAUAGGGACCAUGAGAGCACAUGGAAGGUUUGGUCCCAUUUGGUAUAAUCAGUCUUUGUCUCUCUUUCAUCACCGUUAACAAGUCUACAUUUAUGUCUUGAUAGCUUUGACAAGACAUGAAAUGAAUCAUACCAAAAUCACUAUCGAAGAUUUUACCUAUCCAUAUAUGUUACGGGCCAAUUUCAUUUUUCUCCAAUGCCUAUCAGAGAUUAAGCAAUUGUUUGUGUAUUACAUAAGACAAUACUAGAACAACUGAGACUUCACAAUGGGAUUUUUUUAAUUGUUGCCAAAUGAAACAGGAUUUCAGUAAGGUAACCUCUGGCUUGUAGAGCUUGGAUUGUGUUACCGGACUCAGCCUCACAAGUUGAAUUCCUCGAGGGUUCUUCGAGCAAAACUUGAGAGACCAUUUGGUUGUUUCAGAACUUUCUCUUUGUUACAAUCAUAUAUAGUGUUGUGUUAUAUAUGUGACUUGGAGGAAAAUAAGCUGUUAAAGUAUUAUAGGUUUGGUAGAACGAAUUGGUGUUGUUGAUAAAACUCUUGCAUGGGUAAGGUUUUGUAAAAGCAAAUACAUGUAACUUUAAGAUCAAAUUCAAGAUCUUUGGACUUGUAGAAGCUAGAAGAAUAAAUGAUUGGAAUCUCAUGAGCAGAUCCAUGGGAGGAUAAUCAAAUCCGAAUAGCAAUUAUGUAACAUAAUCAAGAAAUAGGAGACUGAUUCAAAGGAAAGAACCUUCAAGUAGCUGAUUCUGCAUGGCGUAUGCUAAGAGAUGCAAGUUUAAUAAUGAGUUUAGAUUUUAAUUAGCAUUAUAUUUUUUUUUUGUCAACAACCCACUCUAUCAAGUCAAGUUAUGUUCGAUAGUAACGAUGCUUCUGGACACGCCCCCAUCCGAACCUGUCUAACUUAUGUUGAAAAAUAAAAUGUCUCGUUGUCUGACUUCUUUAGCUAGCUCACUCAUUGAACUAACAUUUUGGUUUAACAUUCCUAGGAUUCACAAUAAACAAAGAGCUAACCUUUUGUUUUAAAUAUGUAGAUAUAGAUAAACAUGAUGCUAGAUUCGAUUUUACAUAUCGAUGUACCACCGUAAUAAAAAAAAUAUUUUGCGACCAACAUCCAUGUUAAAUAAUGCUAAUUUAAGAGAGGUUUAAUUCUUUUUUGACAUCAAGAGGAUUUAAUCUUUAAAAAGGAAAAUUCGACCAAUUUUUUUUUCUUUUUUUAAUAAAGUUCGACCAAUUUUAUACAGCGACAUAUUCUCUUAACCAAAAACAAAAUAAUUAACUGAUUACAAGUGUCCGGCAAAAGACAUCUAUAUUCACUCGUGGUUCUUCCUAAAAAUAGAAACUUAUGUGAAGCUAAAAUUCCUCACUAGCAACCUAAAAACACUCUUAUUACAACAUUACAAACGACCACCCAAAGACACGAAAAAAAAAAUUCCCCGACUGUUAGAAAAGACAACAAUCAAUCAAACAUAAAAAAAAACCAUCUUCGAGCUACAUCAAACAUACCUAAUCUCACUCAUCACCACUUUCUCAAUAUGGCCGGAAGAGCAAUGAUGCUCGUUAAUGUCGGAACAGUUAUAAUGACCACUUUGACCCUGGCUAGCUUGGUCAGAGGCUUCGGUGUGAACUGGGGCAAUAUCGCAUCGCAUCCACUGAAUCCUGAUAUUGUUGUUAGGAUGCUUAAAGACAACAAGAUCAAUAAAGUAAAGCUUUUUGACGCUCAUUCAUGGACGAUGAAUACUUUGGCCGGUACGGGCAUGGAGGUUAUGGUCGGAAUCCCUAAUAACCUUCUUGAAAGUCUUGCCGAAGAUUACGAAAAUGCUAAAGAUUGGGUCAAAGAAAAUGUCACGGCUUACAUGCGUAAGGGUGGCGUCAACAUCAAGUACGUGGCCGUGGGGAACGAGCCGUUUUUGUCAGCAUACAACGGAUCGUUCUUGGAGACAACGUUUCCAGCAUUAAAGAACAUUCACAAGGCGUUAAAAGAAGCUGGACAUACUGAUAAAAUGAAAGCCACGAUCCCACAGAACGCUGAAGUUUACCAAUCAGCUAAUGAUAAGCCAUCAGAAGGAGAUUUUAGAAGCGAUGUAAAGAAAACGAUGCUCGACAUAGUCAACUUCUUCCACGAUAAUGAUUUACCUUUCACAGUCAACAUUUACCCUUUUCUUAGUCUUUACCUAAACGAACAUUUUCCCGUUGAAUUUGCUUUUUUCGACGGUAAAGGCGAGUCAAUUCCUGAUAAAGGUAAGAACUACGAUAACGUGUUUGAUGCGAAUUACGAUACGCUUGUUUACUCGUUGAAGAAAGCCGGGAUUAAAGAUAUGAAGAUUAUCAUUGGGGAGAUUGGGUGGCCAACGGAUGGUCAUAAACAUGCGACGCCAAAGCUAGCAGAGAAAUUCUAUGCAGGUCUUAUGAAAAGACUUGCUGAAGAGGAAGGGACUCCAUUGAGGCCUGAGAGAUUAGAAGUUUAUCUCUUCGGUUUCCUCGACGAGGACAUGAAGAGUAUUAUGCCUGGACCAUUCGAGAGACAUUGGGGAAUAUUUAGAUACGAUGGAACACCUAAGUUUAUGCUAGAUUUCACUGGAAAAGGACGCAAGAUCGUACCCGUGGCAGCGAAAGGUGUGAAAUACUUAGAUAAACAAUGGUGCAUAGUGAACAAAGACACGAUCAAUCUAGAUAAGGUUGCUCCGGACCUAGAGUAUGCAUGUUACCACGGUGACUGCACUGCGAUGAAGGGUGAUUCAAGAUGUAGUAAGCUAGACAGAAUCCAAAACAUAUCAUACGCAUUUAACAUGUAUUAUCAGAUUCAGGGUCAAGACGUUAGGGCUUGUGAUUUCAAAGGAACUGCUAGGAUUACUAAGGACAAUGCGACUGUGGGAAGUUGCUUGUUCCCUAUCCAGAUCGUAAGUGGAAGUGACGACUUCAGGAUCAGCUUUGUGUUCGGAAGAUUCUUUGUCGUUGGACUUGUUCUUCUGGGAUUAAUAGCAACUAUAUAAUUUGUUCUCUUUACUGAUUUUUUUUUUGUUGCAAUUUUGGGGAAUUAAUUCCAUACCGGUUAAUUGUUAUUUGUUGUUCGUCUGAUAACAUUUGAAUUAGUACUUCUAUAUAUGUGUUUUAUAAA